UCAAAACCACCGUCUCUGCUCUCUCCCUUCUUCCCCUGGCCCCCUCUUGAAACGCCCCCAAACAGCUGAAACAAAUCAACUUAUAAGCCGAUUAUUUUUACUUAUCAAUGGUGGGAGCGGCAAAGAAGAAGUGCAAAGUAUGCGAAGAAGCUGACUCAAAAUACAAGUGCCCUGCUUGUCUUAUUCCUUACUGUUCUUUGGGUUGUUUCAAGAAACAUAAAGAAGUUCAGUGCGUUAAGGAGGAGGCAGAACCCGCGGAAGAAAAAAUUGAAAUUCCAUGCGUUAAGGAGGCAGUACCCGCAGAGAAAAAAUUUGCUCCAAAUCCGCAUGUUGAAAGGCCAUGCUUUGUUGAUGAACCAAGCAUAGUGUUGCAGCAGUCACAACUUGAGUCCAUAGCUUCUUCGAGCGAAGUUAUUGAUGCUUUGAAGAAUGAAGAGCUUCAGAAACUCAUAUGCAAAAUAGAAAAUUCUGCAGAUAUUGAAAGUGAAUUUGAUAAAGCAAUGGAAGUGGAUGCAUUUCGACUUUUUACCGACAAGAUAUUAUCUACCAUUGGUGCGUGACAAUGUCGUUCCAAUGAAAUAUUCGCAAAAGCUACAGGACACCUGGAGGAGGAUAAGGUUUGCUGAGUGAUUUGGUCUUGUAACAUUGAUACAGUUUGAACAGUCAUCGAAGUACUUUAACAGGUCUCUCAAGUUACCUGAGAAAGCUUGUUGUUCACUAUCUGAUGGCGAAUAUUUGUAUAAUAAAAUAAUUUUUUUUUU